AUGGAAACGGCGGCGGCGUUGGCGGACAUGGAGACGGACUGCCUGGUGCACGUGUUCGCGCGCCUCGACCUCGAGGACCUGGCGGCGUCGGCCCCGCUCGUGUGCCGGGGCUGGCGCCGCGCCGCCGCCGACCCGUCCCUGUGGCGCGCGCUCGACCUGCGCCGGGACCACCUCGCGCGCUUCAUGCCCUGGGGCCCCCUCGCCGCCGCCUUCGCGCGCCGCUACGCCGUCCACCGGUUCUCCCUCGCGGGCUUCCUCAGGCUCUGCGUCUCGCGAGCGCGCGGGUCCGCCGAGGGCGUCGAGCUCCCGCCGCUCCUCGCCGACCCGGCCGACGAGAUCGUCCACAUUUCGCUCCACUGCCCCCGGCUGCGGCGCCUGGCGCUCCCGCAGCUGACGGCGGGCGACGAGGCGCGCCUGCUGGACCUCAUCCCGCGGUGGCCGCUGCUGGAGCACCUUGAGCUGGACACCAAGCCGUCCUCCUCCUUCCCGGCGCUCGCCGCGCAGCUCGCGCUGCACUGCCCGGGCUUCGCCAGCCUCAAGACCUCGGGGGCCGUCAAGCCCGAGGACGCCGCGGCGCUGGCGCGGUCCCUGCCCGGGCUCCGCUCCCUCUGCCUCGACCGCUCCUACCUGCCCAGGGAACAGCUGCUCGCAAUCCUCGCCGGCUGCAGGGACCUGCGGGAGUUCUGCGCGCGGGGCUGCGUCGGCUUCGACGACAAGGACGAGAAGGUGCUCAGGCGCGGGGCCAGGAUCCAGCGGUUCGACGUCGGUGGGUCCAAGCUGCUGGACGACCUGGAGGACGAGUUCGCCGCCGGUGGCGGCGGUUUCUGCGACUCGUCCGACGUUGACGUGAUCGUGAUGUGA